UCUAUUGUUCAAGCUACAGAUCCGUUGGUUGAUAUUUUGAGCAACCAUUUGUCUUGUUGCAGAUAACCUAGUUGUAGCAACUAGAGAGUGCAUGUGAACAAAAUAGUUGUGAAAGGUUAGAGAUGAUUUUCCACGGAAGAGCCCACAAUGUUGUCAGGCUUUGUCUCUAAUAGUUGACCGCUUACCUCCUCUCGUGAUCCUAUGUGUGCUUUGUGCGAGUGUGAGAUUCUUACUUUGUGGGAUUUGCCAGAGUCUACAGAAAUUAUUUUUUUCAAUUUAAUCCUCACAUGAUAGAUAAGAUAAUCUAAAGAAAAUAGGGUUCACCCCUACAUCAUCUGAUAAAAUACCAUAGAAAGGUGUGUAUCACUGCGCAAUUCUCAGCUGCCACUGUUCUGCUCUUUCUCCAACGUCAAUCCUCUGCCUGAGAAACACGAACUGGAGCUGCCCUCAAAAUCCUUAUCUUCAAAUGCAGCAGAAAGAGCCAUGGAUUGUCAUUGCAGCAAUUUGUGCAACUCUAAUCUUUUUAACAACAGGGUCAAUCUCAGAAGCUGGAAAAAUUGUAGCUUUGCCAGGCCAGCCAAGGGUCAGUUUUCAGCAGUAUGCGGGAUACAUUACCAUUGACGAGCAGCAGAAGAGAGCCCUUUUCUACUACUUUGCUGAAGCAGAAAUAGACCCAGCGACAAAGCCUCUUGUUCUAUGGUUAAAUGGAGGGCCUGGUUGUUCAUCUAUCGGAGCUGGAGCUUUUUGUGAGCAUGGACCUUUCAAACCAAGUGCGGAGAUACUGCUCAAAAAUGAUUAUAGCUGGAAUAAAGAAGCAAAUAUGUUAUACCUGGAAUCACCUGCAGGAGUUGGCUUCUCCUACUCUGCUAAUGAUUCUUUCUACACCUAUGUGACCGAUGAGAUUACAGCACAAGACAAUCUAGUAUUUCUUGAGAGAUGGUUCGAUGAAUUCCCAGAAUACAAAGGAAGAGAUUUCUUCAUCACAGGAGAGAGCUAUGCAGGUCAUUAUGUUCCACAACUUGCAACACUUAUAGUCCAAUCCCAAACAAAAUUCAAUCUGAAAGGAAUAGCAAUAGGAAAUCCACUGCUAGAAUUCAAUACCGAUUUUAAUUCGCGUGCCGAGUUUUUUUGGUCUCAUGGAUUGAUAUCAGAUGAUACCUAUGAGAUUUUCACCACGGUUUGUAACUACUCCCAAAUCAGGAGACAAUAUCAAAGUGGCUCUCUUUCGUUACCUUGCUCUGCAGUAAAUAGCCGAGUCUCAAGGGAAGUUAGUAAAUAUGUUGACGCCUAUGAUGUUACUCUUGAUGUCUGUUUAUCAUCGAUUGAAUCACAAUCCCAAGUGUUAAAACAAAUGGCUUUUCUAUCGUCUCCUGUGCAGGAAUAUACAGGGACAAUAGAUGUCUGUGUAGAAGAUGAAACAAUCAAGUACUUGAAUAGAAAAGAUGUACUGGAAGCUCUUCAUGCUCAGCUUGUUGGAGUAGAUCAAUGGACGGUAUGCAGUGAUGUCAUCAAAUAUGAGAUGGAAAAUCUAGAAAUUUCCACAGUUCCUCUUCUUGCCAAGCUUCUCAAGUCCGGCAUCCGGGUUCAUGUUUACAGUGGAGAUCAAGAUUCAGUGAUCCCACUCACUGGAACAAGGACAAUAGUGAAUGGGUUAGCUAAGGAAUUGGGACUAAACACAACUGUUCCUUACAGAACCUGGUUCCAGGGAAAACAGGUUGCUGGUUGGACACAAGUAUAUGGUAAUAUAUUAUCUUUUGCAACCAUCAGAGCAGCAUCACAUGAAGCUCCAUUCUCACAGCCAGAAAGAUCUUUUGUUCUGUUUAAUGCAUUCUUGGAAGGGAAGCAAUUACCACCCCCUACAGUUUACUGAAAAAAUUCAUAAAUUAGUUUCAAAUCAAUAUUGUAAACUGUCAAUUCAUCACAGCAGGCAUAACCAUUCCUGCUUUCUGUCAAGAUUUUGAUUAAUUCCCACUUUGUGUUGCGAUCAAUAUUUUUG